GGGUGCUCACCCUCAACUCGCUUUGGUGUCCAAAUUUGGUCUGCUAUGUGGAAGCUGCCAACUGUACGCGAAAUGUGUCUCCAGGGGUGGGCCAGGUGGGGGCACCAAUUAUGGGCUACCGGCCACGCAAUGGAGAUGCCGCUCCGCUCCCGCUACCUGAUAGCGAUACGCUAUAACCACCACUUUGCCCUUCUUUUAGUCUUCCACAUCCUUCUUAUCUUCUACGUCUUUCUUGUCUUCUAUAUUCUUCUUAUUUUCUACUUUAUGAAUUUAAAAUAGCAAGGGUUACUGAUCGGGUGGGCGCCAUCAGCUCCUACAUUGAUUUUCGGUGAAG